AAUUGGGAAAUGUAGUAUCAAUUCCACCUCCACCCCCACCUCCCAUAGGAUCAAAGGUUAUAGCACCUCCACCACCCCCACCUCCCAUGGGAUCAAAGGUCACGGCACCUGCACCCCCACCUCCACCAAUGACUUCAAAUGGAAGAAUGCCAGCACCACCUCCACCCAUGCCAAUGGGAAAAGGAGCUGCACCUCCACCACCACCAGGGUUUGCAGGUGUCAGGAACCUAGGACCUAGGAAAGCAGCCACUAAAUUGAAGAGAUCAUCCCAAAUGGGAAAUCUUUAUCGGCUUCUCAAGGGUAAAGUUGAAGGAUCUAGUUUAGAUGGUAAAGCAAAGGGGAGAAAGGGAAAAGUUGGUGGUGCUGCACCCGCCGGAGGCAAACAGGGAAUGGCUGAUGCAUUAGCAGAGAUGACAAAGAGGUCAGCAUACCACCAACAAAUUGAAGAGGAUGUUAGAGUACAUGCAAAAACAAUCAAGGAGAUGAAAACAGCCAUUGCCUCUUUCCAAACAUCAGAUAUGUCUGAGCUUAUUAAGUUCCACAAAACUGUAGAAUCCCACCUAGAGAAACUAACGGAUGAAUCUCAGGUGCUAGCAAGGUUUGAAGAUUUUCCUACCAAGAAGUUGGAAGCAUUAAGGAUGGCAGCAGCACUUCAUACCAAGUUAGAUUCAAUAGCCAAAACUCUACAGAAUUGGCCAAUAGUCCCACCUGUUGGUCAACUUCUUGAAAAAGCUGAGAGUUACUUCAACAAGAUCAAAGGAGAAAUGGACACACUGGAACGAACAAAAGAUGAAGAAUCCAAGAAAUUUAUAAGCCAUAAAAUCCACUUUGAUUUUGGCAUCCUUGUGCGUAUCAAAGAAUUGAUGGUGGAUGUUUCCUCAAACUGUAUGGAACUGACUUUGAAGGAGAGAAGAGAAAUAAAGCAAAAGGAAAAUGAAGGAGCCGGACCGAAAAUUGAUGGUCAUAAAAAAGGAUCAGCUAAACUUCUUUGGAAGGCCUUCCAAUUUGCAUUCAGAGUCUAUACUUUUGCUGGUGGCCAAGAUGAUCGUGCUGACAUGUUGACAAGGGAAUUGGCUCAAGAAAUCGAGACAGAUCCUAAUCCAGAGGCAUAAAGUAUUAGCUCAUUUCUUCAAAACAAAAAAAAAACCCAAAAAAAAAAGAUCACUAUAGGUGAAAAUAUAAAAUGCAUUGGUGCUCAUAUAUAGACACUUUUGAGAGGUUUGAGCAUUUAGCAUAAUGAAGCUUUCCCUGGCAGGUGUUUUGUAGAUGCUUCUUGAUCUGUGACUACAUGCAUAUUCUAGGAGAGAAUUGCUAGACAUUAUAUCCUUCUUCGUUUAGAAGACGGAGAGAAGUGAGCUAAAAUCUAGCUUUGCUCUACUACCUGCAAUACAUACAAUAUCUAUUACACCUUUGUGACUGGUUUUGUAGCUUGUACAUAACCCCGGAUUUUCUUUACUUUCAGAAUUAAAAGAGUAUACAUGUGAAUGAUUUCCUUGUUUA